GUUUACACGAAGCAGAGACGACUGCAUUUGCGAUUACAGUGCUUGCGUUGCUAGGUUUGCGAAAGCGUUUUUUCAUUGCAACUUAUUGCAUUUACCCCUCGGCUCAAUGCAGCGCCAUUACUGUGUUGGUAAUUGACAAAAUGGCCAUAGUCGAUUUUUUUCUCAUUGCUACAGAUGCAUUUGACUUGAUAUCACCUUUGUAACCUCUAACACCACAUUUAUGAAAAUACCGCAUCGCUACCGCCCAGAUAAUUUGCAGCGCUAAGUUAACGUUUGCGCCAUGCACAAGCUAGGAAUUACACUUCUUUAUUUUUCAGAACAUAGCAUUGAAUGCAUUAGCUGCAACUUGGUGUUGAUGUAGGCCCUAGUUGUUUUAGGUGCGCAUGUCAAGUUUCAGGUUGAACCAUGCCCAUUCGCCGUGCAGCAGGGGCUGGACCCCAGGAAACGCCCCCAAAGAAUGCCCCUGAUGGAGCUGACCCGGAUGCCAGCUCAGAGGAGUCCGUCUCCACAGGGGAGGAGCAGGAGGUGGAGGCGGCCCCCGCACCCCCAGCCGAGGAAGGGGAAGAGGCUGUAGCGAAGGAGGCCGGUGACAAAACAGAAAACACUGAGCCAAGGGAAAAGCCACAGGAGAAAAAACCUGAAGAGGGGCAAGGAGAGAAGAAAGAAGAGAAGGAUGCUGGGAAGGAGAAGGUGAAAAAAGUGAAAAGGACCAUCCCUGCCUGGGCCACAAUUUCUGCCAGUCGCCGAGCCCUGACCCAGAAGUCCUCAGUGUCACUGUACAACCACCCCAAGAUGGAGGACAUCCUAAUUGAAGCCAUACAGGCAUGCAAAGAAAAAGCAUCUAUGUAUGCCAUCAGGAAGUACAUUAUGAAGAAUUAUGCUUCCUUGGAGCUGGACAAGAGGACCUUUCUGCUGAAGAAGGCUCUCAAACGGUUGCUGGAGAAAAGGGCUAUCAAACAGCUGAAGGGGAAGGGCCUCUCUGGGAGUUUCAGCAUCUGCAAGCAGCCCCAGAAACCCACUGGGAAGAAGCCAAUGGUGGCAUCGUCAGCAAAGCCAGAGACACUGGGGGACACUCUGCCACUGAUCAUCACUCAGCUGUGUGAACCCAAGGAAGCCUCCUACAUCCUCAUCAAGAAGUACCUGGAACAGCACUUCCCCCAGCUCAACGUGGAACACAGACCCGAGCUGCUGAAGAGUGCCUUGCAGAGAGCUGUGGACAGGGGUCAGCUGGAGCAGAUCACUGGCAAAGGAGCCUCUGGAACCUUUCAGCUGAAGCGUGCCGGGGACAAGGCACUCCUGAAAGGUGGCCCUCUGGAGGAUGCCAUCUUAACCGCCAUCACCGCCAUGAACGAGCCAAAGACCUGCAGCAUUACCAUAUUGCGCAAGUUUCUUCUGGAGAAACACAAGGACAGCAAGGUCUACCUACUCGUGAACAACCUGAAGAGAACUUUGAAGACGUGCAAGAGGCGGGGCUGGAUGGAGCAGAUCACUGGAAAUGGCUUCAAUGGGACCUACCAGCUGUGCUACCCCUUCUAUCCCAGCCCAGCUAUGCUGUUCCCAGAGAAGGAGCUGCAGAAACAGAAACCCAAACGCAGGAAGGUGGAAGAAUCUGAUGAGGAGGAGUCCGAGGAAGAGGAGUCGUCAGAGGAAGAAGAGUCUGAGUCAGAAGAUGAGCCUCCCUCCAAGAAGAGGAAACAGCAGAAGAGGCCACCUCCCAAGGUGUGCCGCCCCCCUCCCACCCAGAAACGCUGGCCUGCGGGCCAGGCACGAGGCCGGGGGAGCACUCAGAAAGCCAAGGAGCCGGUCCGCUCACCCGCUAAGGGCAAAAAACUCAUUCCCGCCAAGAAACCGGCUGCCUCCACCAAGCGACCAGCACCCCCUGCUAAGAAAUCAGCUGCACCAGCUAAAAGGCCGGUGCCCCCUGCCAAGAAACCAGCGUCUGCAGCCAAGGCAUCCUCUCCCAGGAAAGCGCCCCCUCCUUCCAAGACCUCACCAACCAAGAAAGCUGCCCCUUCAACCAAGUCCAAAACACCAGUCACCAAAAAAAUGACAAGCAGGGCACCGAAACGCUUGGCGCCCAAGCGUGCAGCACCCAAGGCAGUAGCUGCCAAAUCGGCCGUGAAGGCCAAACCGGCUGCACGCAAGUCCCAGAGGUCGAGAAAAUGAGUAACGUGGCUCAAAGGGUCAAAGGUCCGCUGUAGCAAUAGACUGCAGUGCUUUGGCAUCCCCCUCCCCUUUCUCCUCCCCAGCUCUUAAAGUUUACUUGUUGGAGAAACAGUAUUACCCUAUUACCCUCUUUGAAAUAAUUGUUACGUACUAAAUCCAACCGCUAGAACAUGAUGAAUUGAGGUUAGAGAAAAGAGGAGAGCUUUCAUCAUUUCUCCAGCAAAUUUGUGUCAAAAUUGAGUAUUUUUGGCUUUUUAAUCUUUUUGAUAAUUUGAGUUGGCAAAUAAAUAGAUGAUUGUGUUUUCUAUACAUAUGGUUAUAUAAGCUUUGCAAAAUUCAGAAGCUUUCGUAUAACAGAAUACUUGCCUUGCCAGUUGGUUUUGAAGUAUAGCACUUAUUAAAAAUACCUUUUUCCCCCACUAAAGGAAGAUCUCUUUUGGAAACAGAAUGCUUCUGUGGGGUGAUAAUUUUAUUUUUUCAUAAUUUAAUUUAUUUUCCUUGCAUGCCAUCUUUGCUAGGCCCACACAGUUGCCAUUAUCUUGACUGUUGGUAAGGAUUUUUAGAGUGUGGUCUAAUGUCAUACUGUUUCAAUGGCAUGUGCAAUGACAUUUCUUUCAAUGAUCAUUGGUUAAAGGUUGGAGAGAGGACAGCAAUGGCUCUUAAAAUCCCCCUAGUAUCAUUUUGUGUAAAGAUAAACCCAGGGAAAGUAUUUACUGGAUGUAUCCAGCAUUCCUCUGUCAGCCUUAUGGGGCCACUGACAUGAUGUAUCCUUGGUAUGUGCAACUAAGCACUUUCCCUGUGUCUCAUUUUCAAAUACUUACUGACUUCUCAGUGGCAAGUGGGUUAACUAUGGUUACCAUUUAACAUGUAUAGGUUGUAGUUUAAAACUGUAAACUUUUCACAUGCCAACUGCCCUUGUUAAAGGCUAAAGACUUUUGCACAUAGCCAAAAUGUUUAAAAACAGUGCUGUUCAAAAGUGUUAGAAGGGCCUGGGUUGUGACCUGGCAUGCCUGAAUUGGAGUUUGGGGGGGGUCUAUGGUGUUACUUUUGCAUUUAGUGUAGAUUUGAUGGAAACGUGUACCUAAUUCCAAAUUGUUCCUGUAUAACAUACACUUCUCAAGUAGAAACUUGUUUUCAUUAUCUUGCUUUAAGUUACCUUAUUUUUUCUGUUGACUUUGUUAUAUGACAUGGGAUACAGGACAAUUGUAGAGGGCAGAGCCUGAUUUAAAAGACACUCAUUAUUAGUGAAUGAAGAUGGUUAAGAAUAAGAGUCAGCUUUGUUUUGGAGAACUUCUACUCAUACAUUCUUUGCAUGCAUGUAAUAAUCCAGGUUGUGAUGCCUUUUCUGUAGUCAGUAAUAAAGUAAUUGUAUAUUUGUAUCCAGGUAGUUGUAUUCCAGACAUAUUCUGGUUUCCAGAAAUAAAAAACUGACCCAGAUGAACCAGGGUCUGAUUUGUAUUUUUCUUUUACAAUUUUAACUAUAUUGACUUCCAGUAAAAACAUCGAGGUUUAAGUAUGUGAGUCAUAUAUUGUAAUUAAUUUUGUUGAAUUCCUCAAGGCAUUUAAAAUGGGCUUAGAUCCUGAGGUAAUGUUUGA